UCUCAGAGAAAUCCCAGAGAAAUCCCGGAGAAACCCCAGAGAAAUCCCGGAGCGAUCCCAGAAAGAUCCCACAGAGAUCCCGGCUCCGCGGGGCGAUCCCACAGCGAUCCCACAGAGAUCCCGCAGAGAUCCCGCAGAGAUCCCAGCGAUCCCGCAGAGAUCCGACAGAAACCCCACAGAAAUUCCGGCGAUCCCACAGUGAUCCCGGCAUGGGGAACAUCGCCUGCGUCCCGCAGGCUCCCGGCGGCUUCAGGAGCUCCUUCCGAAGGAAACCCUCGCUGAAGAAAGAACAAAAUGGCAAAAAAAAGCUGCCCAGCUUUUUUGGGAUAGAUGGAAGCCAGGAGAGGGACACGACCACGGAUAAAAUCCUGCAGUAUAUUCCAGCAAAGAUUAUCCAGAAGCAGGAAAACCAGAAGGAAAACUUGGACCAGAGGUUCCCCAGCCUGUUCAAGAAGGGCCGACGGAAAACGAUCGUCAGGAACUUGGGCAAGAUGAUUUAUUACUCCAAGGUCAAGUUUAAGUUCCAGCACUGCCAGGAGGUCAACAACUGCUUCCUGGAGCUCUUCCAGUCCUACCUGUACUUCCAGUCCACGGCUCCCAACGGCCUCACCUACCAGGGGCUGCUGCCUCUGAAGGAGCUGCAGGUGCGUGAGCUGGGGGCUGGGCAGGACCCGGGGCAGCAGGACCACGCUUUCCACAUCUCAGGGCCCCUGCUGAACCCCCUGGUCGUGUUCUGCCCCUCGGAGGCCGAGCUCAGGCAGUGGCUCUACCACCUGGAGAAGCAGAUCCAGCUCUGUGGAGGGAGCCUGGCGCUGCCCCUGCUGUCCCAGGCCGGCCCCGGGCCCAAGGAGGGGCUGCUGUGGUCAGUGCAGAACUUGCCCGUGCGGGACUGGAGAGGGACCCAGCGCCAGUCCCUGGGGGAAAUCCUGUGUGUGUCCAGGGUGAGGCUGCAGCACCUGCCCUUCCAGGAGCAGCACGAGCGGCUGCUGCUGCUCUACCCCUCCACGCUGGUGAUCGUGUCCGAGGAGCCCCACGGCCUCUGCUUCAAGGGAGAGCUCCCUCUCAACGCCAUCCAGGUGCUUUUCCAGGAGAACGACAAAACCUCCUUCCUGAUCGAAGGCCGGCUGAUAAAUUCCAUCCGAGUGACCUGUCCCAGCUACCAGGAUUACCAGGAGUGGCUCUACUGCCUGAAAACGGCGCAGUUCCGAAACGCCGACUCCUCCCUGUCGGGCUCCGAGAGCUUCUCGGGCUCAAAGCUGCCACACCCCGGCCAGUUUGCCAGCAGUGGGAGGGGGUCGCUGAGCUCGGACGGCCGGACCAACUCCUGGGUGUCCGGAGGCAGAGUGACCACGCUGACACAGCUGUCCCAGGCCAGUGGCUCCCUGCCUGACGGCCACUCCUUCCUGCCCCACCCCGAGGAGCCCCUCUCCCCUGGCUACUCCCAGCCUCUGCAUAUCCCCUUCCUGCCACAGGAACACCUGAGCCUUUCGCUGCAUCCCCCAGGUGAGACCCCCAUCAUCAGCAUCCUCCAGAGCUGGGCUCUGCCCCUCAUCCCUCCUUGUCACCUGUCCUGUGUUUGUGUCACCUGUCCUGUACCUGUAAUUGUCCUUCUGCAACACCAGAGACUCCAGAAUUGUCCUCCUGAAAAACCAGAGACUCCCAGAAUAGUCAUUCUGCAACACCAGAGGCUCCCAGGAUUGUCCUCCUGCAGGACUAGAAGCUCCCAGGAUUGUCCUGCAAGCCCAGGUUUGUCCAUCUGCAAAAUCAGAGGCUCUCAGGAUUGUCCUCCUGAAAAAUCAGAGGCUCCCAGAAUUGUCCUUCUGCAACACCAGAGACUCCAGAAUUGUCCUCCUGAAAAACCAGAGACUCCCAGAAUAGUCAUUCUGCAACACCAGAGGCUCCCAGGAUUGUCCUCCUGCAGGACUAGAAGCUCCCAGGAUUGUCCUGCAAGCCCAGGUUUGUCCAUCUGCAAAAUCAGAGGCUCUCAGGAUUGUCCUCCUGAAAAAUCAGAGGCUCCCAGAAUUGUCCUUCUGCAACACCAGAGACUCCAGAAUUGUCCUCCUGAAAAACCAGAGACUCCCAGAAUAGUCAUUCUGCAACACCAGAGGCUCCCAGGAUUGUCCUCCUGCAGGACUAGAAGCUCCCAGGAUUGUCCUGCAAGCCCAGGUUUGUCCAUCUGCAAAAUCAGAGGCUCUCAGGAUUGUCCUCCUGAAAAAUCAGAGGCUCCCAGAAUUGUCCUUCUGCAACACCAGAGACUCCAGAAUUGUCCUCCUGAAAAACCAGAGACUCCCAGAAUAGUCAUUCUGCAACACCAGAGGCUCCCAGGAUUGUCCUCCUGCAGGACUAGAAGCUCCCAGGGUUGUCCUGCAAGCCCAGGAUUGUCCUCCUGCAAAUCCAGAGGCUCCCAGGAUUGUCCUCCUGCUCUCAGGAUUGUCCUGCAAGCCCAGGUUUGUCCAUCUGCAAAAUCAGAGGCUCUCAGGAUUGUCCUCCUGAAAAAUCAGAGGCUCCCAGAAUUGUCCUUCUGCAACACCAGAGACUCCAGAAUUAAGCUCCCAGGGUUGUCCUGCAAGCCCAGGAUUGUCCUCCUGCAAAUCCAGAGGCUCCCAGGAUUGUCCUCCUGCUCUCAGGAUUGUCCUGCAAGCCCAGGUUUGUCCAUCUGCAAAAUCAGAGGCUCUCAGGAUUGUCCUCCUGAAAAAUCAGAGGCUCCCAGAAUUGUCCUUCUGCAACACCAGAGACUCCAGAAUUGUCCUCCUGAAAAACCAGAGACUCCCAGAAUAGUCAUUCUGCAACACCAGAGGCUCCCAGGAUUGUCCUCCUGCAGGACUAGAAGCUCCCAGGAUUGUCCUGCAAGCCCAGGUUUGUCCAUCUGCAAAAUCAGAGGCUCUCAGGAUUGUCCUCCUGAAAAAUCAGAGGCUCCCAGAAUUGUCCUUCUGCAACACCAGAGACUCCAGAAUUGUCCUCCUGAAAAACCAGAGACUCCCAGAAUAGUCAUUCUGCAACACCAGAGGCUCCCAGGAUUGUCCUCCUGCAGGACUAGAAGCUCCCAGGAUUGUCCUGCAAGCCCAGGUUUGUCCAUCUGCAAAAUCAGAGGCUCUCAGGAUUGUCCUCCUGAAAAAUCAGAGGCUCCCAGAAUUGUCCUUCUGCAACACCAGAGACUCCAGAAUUGUCCUCCUGAAAAACCAGAGACUCCCAGAAUAGUCAUUCUGCAACACCAGAGGCUCCCAGGAUUGUCCUCCUGCAGGACUAGAAGCUCCCAGGAUUGUCCUGCAAGCCCAGGUUUGUCCAUCUGCAAAAUCAGAGGCUCUCAGGAUUGUCCUCCUGAAAAAUCAGAGGCUCCCAGAAUUGUCCUUCUGCAACACCAGAGACUCCAGAAUUGUCCUCCUGAAAAACCAGAGACUCCCAGAAUAGUCAUUCUGCAACACCAGAGGCUCCCAGGAUUGUCCUCCUGCAGGACUAGAAGCUCCCAGGAUUGUCCUGCAAGCCCAGAAUUGUCCUCCUGCAAAUCCAGAGGCUCCCAGGAUUGUCCUCCUGCUCUCAGGAUUGUCCUGCAAGCUCAGGAUUGUCCUUCUGCAACACCAGAGACUCUAGAAUUGUCCUCCUGAAAAACCAGAGGCUCCCAGGAUUGUCCUGCAAGCCCAGGAUUGUCCAUCUGCAAAAUCAGAGGCUCUCAGGAUUGUCCUUCUGCAACACCAGAGACUCCAGAAUUGUCCUCCUGAAUAACCAGAGGCUCCCAGGGUUGUCCUGCCAGCCCAGAGGCAGCAGACAGAAGGUGGAAGGAGAAAAAGAAAAAAAACCCAACCCAAGCAGAUCUGAGCUCAGUGGGAUUUUAUUUCCUUUCUACUUUAUGGCAGGAAAUUUCCUUUCCAGCUCCAGAGCUGGUGCCAGCAAAAGUGCCACGGGUGAUCUGUGCUCCCUGAGCUCUGCCCUGCAGGGGAACCCCCCAAAAUUCCCCUUGGGGGUCCCUCCUUUCCUCCAAGG